AUGAAAGACGUUGUUGUUGACGUGGCGCCCAAGUGUAUCAAAGGGCUCGAGUUCAGCGCUCUCUCCGCCAAGGAGAUCGUCGCCCAGUCCGAAGCUGAGGUCACCACAAGAGAUCUCUACGACUUGGAAAAGGAAGACAAAAUGGGUACUUCUUCGAACGCCGUGGAGUGUUCCACGUGCCACGGGAACUUGGCGACCUGCCACGGCCAUUUUGGCCACAUUCGCUUGGCGCUUCCGGUUUUCCACGUUGGUUUCUUCAAACAGAUCAUCAGAGUGCUCCAGUGCAUUUGCAAGUCGUGUGGCGCUAUAUUACUCGACGAAACCACCAAAAGGAGGUUCUUGGGCGACUUGAGAAGGCCCAAUAUCGAUAACUUGCGCCGCAUGAAGAUAUUGACCAAAGUGGUGGACCAGUGUAAGAAGCAGAGAAGGUGCUUUAAGUGUAACCAUGUGAAUGGCGUGGUGAAGAAAGCAGCAAGUGGCGCUGGCCCGGCGGCGCUUAAAAUCGUCCACGACACGUUUCGGUACAUUGGCAAGAAAGCCACGCCGGAAAAGGAGUUCUGGGAUAAGGAGUUUGACGAGGUGUUUCUGAGGAACCCAGAGCUUGAAAAGUUUGCUAAACGGGUCCACGAAGACUUGAAUCCGUUGAAGGUGUUGAAUUUGUUUAAACAGAUUUCGCCGCUUGACUGUGAGCUUUUUGGCAUUGAUGCUGCUCGUGGGGGAAGACCAGAAACGUAUAUUUGGCGGUAUUUGCCUGCUCCACCGGUUUGUAUCCGUCCUUCGGUGAUGAUGGACGCCCAGUCGAACGAGGACGACUUGACGGUGAAGUUGACGGAGAUUGUGUGGACGUCGUCGCUAAUAAAGGCUGGAAUUGAAAAGGGUAUUUCAAUUAACAAUAUGAUGGAGCAGUGGGACUACUUGCAGCUUUCUGUGGCGAUGUAUAUCAAUUCGGACGCUGCCAACCCGGCGCUUCUCCCUGGAAAUAUGGGUUCUGGCUCUAAAAGCUCAAAACCUAUUCGUGGUUUUUGCCAGAGAUUGAAGGGUAAACAGGGCAGGUUCAGAGGUAACCUUUCUGGUAAAAGAGUGGAUUUCUCUGGGCGUACGGUGAUUUCGCCAGAUCCGAAUUUAAAGAUCGACGAAGUGGCCGUUCCUGACCGUGUGGCUAAGAUCUUGACGUACCCGGAAAAGUGUACUCGUUAUAACCGCCAGAAGUUGCAAAAGUUGAUUUUGAACGGUCCAAACGUGCACCCGGGCGCCAAUUACGUUUUGAAGCAGAACGAAGCUGCAAAGCGUAAUUUGAAGUUCGGCGACCGGGUGAAACUAGCCAAAAACUUGAAAAUCGGCGAUGUCGUCGAACGUCAUAUCGAAGAUGGCGAUGUGGUUCUCUUCAACAGACAACCUUCCUUGCAUAGACUUUCCAUUUUGUCCCACUACGCCAAAAUCAGGCCCUGGAGAACUUUCAGACUCAACGAGUGUGUUUGUACGCCUUAUAAUGCCGAUUUCGACGGUGACGAAAUGAACUUGCAUGUUCCCCAGACGGAGGAGGCCCGAGCCGAGGCCAUCAACUUGAUGGGCGUGAAGAAUAACCUAUUAACGCCCAAAUCUGGUGAACCUAUCAUUGCUGCUACCCAGGAUUUCAUCACUGGGUCGUAUAUUAUCUCGCAUAAGGACUCGUUUUUCGAUAGAGCGACGCUUGUCCAGCUUUUAUCGAUGAUGUCAGAUGCAAAUUUGCAGUUUGACAUUCCUCCACCGGCGAUCUUCAAGCCUGUGGCGCUUUGGACGGGUAAACAGGUGUUUUCGCUUUUAAUCAAGCCCAACAGGAAAUCUAAAGUGGUGAUUAACGUUGACGCCAAAAACAAAACGUUCCAUCCGCCAGCCAAAGGUUUGCCCAGUGAAAUGUCGCCCAACGACGGGUUUGUGGUGAUCAGAGGGUCCCAGAUCUUAAGUGGAGUAAUGGAUAAGUCCACUCUAGGCGACGGAAAGAAGCAUUCGGUGUUUUACACCAUUCUCCGUGACUACGGGCCCGACGAGGCUGCAGACGCCAUGAACAGAAUGGCCAAGCUCUGUGCACGGUUUUUGGGCAACCACGGGUUCUCUAUUGGCAUUAAUGAUGUCACUCCAGGACUUGAAUUGAAGACAAAGAAGGAAGAUAUGGUUGAACUGGCGUAUGCCAAGUGUGACGAGCUUAUUGAUCUUUAUAACCGUGGGAAAUUGGAAACGCAGCCUGGCUGUAACGAAGAACAAACGUUGGAAGCGAAAAUCAGUGGUUUGCUUUCGAAAGUUCGUGAAGAGGUCGGUGACGUGUGUAUUCGAGAACUUGACUCGCUCAAUUCGCCGUUGAUUAUGGCCACUUGUGGUUCUAAAGGUUCUACAUUGAACGUUUCUCAAAUGGUGGCUGUUGUGGGUCAACAAAUCAUCUCAGGUAACCGUGUUCCCGAUGGUUUCCAAGACAGGUCUUUACCACAUUUCACGAAAAUGUCGAAAACGCCCCAGUCCAAGGGUUUCGUGAGAAACUCCUUCUUCAGCGGCUUGAGCCCUCCAGAGUUCUUGUUCCACGCUAUUUCUGGUAGAGAAGGGUUGGUGGAUACCGCUGUGAAAACCGCAGAAACUGGUUACAUGUCCAGACGUCUUAUGAAGUCGCUUGAAGACUUGUCUGCGCUGUACGACAACACCGUGCGUAACUCGUCCAAUGGUAUUGUCCAGUUUACGUAUGGAGGAGACGGUUUGGAUCCUUUGGACAUGGAGGGCGAUGCCCAGCCGGUGAACUUUAAUAGACAGUGGGACCAUGCGUUUAACGUGACGUUUAGGAUUGAAGAUAAGUCUUUGAAGCCGUAUGAGAUCAUGGAGGUGGUGGAGAAUGUCCUUAGACCGUUGGAGGAGAGGCUUAUCAGGUACGAUAACCUUGGGCACGUUGUGGAGGGUGAAAAGAGUGAAAAAAUUGAGUUUAUUGAUCAGAAAGAUGCUGAAAGAAACUUCUACAAGUCGCUUCGUGACUAUGUCUUCAAGAAAGCGUCCCAGCUUGCGCAAUUCAGAGAAAACAGGCAUUUGCAGCCGUUUUUGAGGAAAUCUAAUGAUAUGGAGAUUGAAGAGGACUCGUCCAGCACUCAUGCCGUCAACCAACUCCUCAAAAUCUCCGAAAAGUGUGUUUCUGAAUUCUUGAAUCAAUGCUUCUACAAGUACAAACGAGCCAAGGUUGAGCCUGGAACGGCUGUGGGCGCCAUUGGAGCUCAUUCUAUUGGUGAACCAGGAACGCAAAUGACGUUAAAGACAUUCCAUUUUGCUGGUGUGGCUUCAAUGAACGUUACAUUGGGUGUGCCUCGUAUCAAAGAGAUUAUCAACGCUGCCAAGGUGAUUUCCACGCCUAUUAUUAAUUCUGUAUUGGUGAACGACGACGACGAAGUCGCUGCACGUGUGGUUAAAGGCAGAAUCGAGAAAACGCUACUCAGAGACGUUGCUUUCUACAUUGAAGACGUUUACAAGAACGAUAUGGCCUUUUUAUCCAUUAAAAUCGAUACAAGAACCAUCGAGAAGCUCCAGUUGGAAUUGACCUUGGAUAACAUUCGCCAGGCCAUUGCCAACGCUCCAAGGCUCAAAAUCGCCAACAACGAGGUUUCCCUCUAUGGAAAAGACCGAAUUAACGUGUUGGUGACGCACAAGGAGCUGAAACUGGAGAACCUCGCCAAAACCGCCCAGUCUGACUAUAAAGUGUCCGAAACCAACGCCUCCCUUUUCUUCAGAAUGCAGCAUCUCAAGCGUGCUCUUCCCGAUGUGGUUAUCAAGGGUCUUCCCAACAUUUCCCGUGCAGUUAUCAACAUUCGUGAUGAUAGUAAGAAGGAGCUUUUGGUGGAAGGUUAUGGCCUAAAACAAGUCAUGUCGACAGAUGGAGUGGUGGGCACGAAAACCACCACCAACCAUAUUUUGGAGGUUUACGAUACGCUUGGAAUUGAAGCUGCCAGGUCGUCCAUCAUUGGCGAAAUCGACUACACCAUGUCGAAGCACGGUAUGAGCGUGGAUCCAAGACAUAUCCAGCUUUUGGGCGAUGUGAUGACGUAUAAAGGAGAAGUUUUGGGAAUUACCAGGUUUGGUCUCUCCAAAAUGAGAGAUUCAGUGUUGCAGCUUGCGUCGUUUGAGAAAACCACCGACCACUUGUUUGACGCUGCGUUUUUCAUGAAAAACGAUAAGAUCGAGGGUGUUUCUGAGUGUAUCAUUUUGGGCCAGACCAUGGGUAUUGGUACAGGAGCGUUCAAGAUGGUCAAGACGUCGAACUACGACGAGACCCGGAUGAAGAAGAAGGAGACGCUUUUUGAGAGUCUCUGUGAGGUUCCAGCGCAGGCAUAA